AUGGUGCCCCAUUUACCUUCAUGCCCAGGAAAUAUCAUGCAAUUUUCCUUCCCAGAACAGUUAGGUGCAGUACCAGCUGCUGUGUCAUUGGCAACGCUUUCUGAGGUUGCAUCGCCACCACUAAUGGAUGUGACGACUCCACCACACAGUACUUUUCAUUUUCAUUCCAAACAAUCAUACAGGGUCGUGAUAUCCACGCUAACGUCAGCGCCUCGCGUGGAUAAGCCAGUGGUCAUAUACCCCGUGGUCAUCUCGAUCGAAAAGACCUCUGUUCCACCAGAUCGUUGGAGUCUCUCGGUGCUCGUCAUUUUCACCCCAUCAUUUAUUGCAAAAUACAGAAGGCAAGAGUAG